AUGAGCGAGAUCACUCACCCUACCAUCAAUGAUGGCUGGUUCUCUGAGAAGUCCGGCAUGUGGCCCGGUCAGGCCAUGAACAUCCAGGUUAAGGAGGUUCUUCACCACGAGAAGUCCAAGUACCAGGAUGUCCUGGUCUUCGAGAGCACCGACUACGGCCGCGUCCUCGUCCUGGACAACGUUAUCCAGUGCACCGAGCGUGAUGAGUUCUCCUACCAGGAGAUGAUCACUCACCUGGCCAUGAACGCCCACCCCAACCCCAAGAAGGUUCUUGUCAUCGGUGGUGGUGACGGCGGUGUCCUCCGUGAGGUCGUCAAGCACGAGUCCGUUGAGGAGGCCAUCCUGUGUGACAUCGAUGAGGCUGUCAUCCGUGUCUCCAAGCAGUACCUCCCCGGCAUGGCCGUUGGCUUCAAGCACCCCAAUGCCAAGACUCACGUUGGUGACGGCUUCGAGUUCCUCAAGGCCCGCAAGAACGAGUUCGAUGUCAUCAUUACCGACAGCUCCGACCCCGAGGGUCCCGCCGAGAGCCUCUUCCAGAAGCCCUACUUCGAGCUCCUGAACGAUGCCCUCCGUGAGGGAGGUGUCAUCACCACCCAAGCCGAGAACCAAUGGUUGCACCUUCCUCUGAUCGCCGACCUGAAGAAGUCUUGCGGUGAGGUCUUCCCCGUCGCCGAGUACGCCUACACCACCAUCCCCACCUACCCCUCCGGCCAGAUCGGCUUCAUGGUCUGCUGCAAGGACGCCACCCGCAACGUCAAGGAGCCCCUUCGCUCCUGGACCCGCGAGGAGGAGGAGCGUCUCUGCCGUUACUACAACGCGGACAUCCACCGUGCCAGCUUCGUGCUGCCUAACUUUGCCCGCAAGGCUCUUGGCCAGUAA